AUGGCUUCAAGUGGUGACCAAACGAGUGGUGAAAGCGUGGAAAGUGUGGAAAGGGUUGGCAAAAGGGAUGACUACCUCUCGUGGGACGAGUACUUCAUGUCUGUGGCCUUCUUGUCGGCGAUGAGGAGUAAAGACCCGAACAGUCAAAUCGGCGCCUGUAUUGUCAACCAAGACAUGAAGAUUGUGGGCAUCGGCUAUAAUGGGAUGCCUAUCGGUUGCAGCGAUGACGCCCUGCCCUGGAAUCGCACCGCCGAUGACAUACUCGACACGAAGUAUCCGUACGUAUGUCACGCAGAACUGAACGCCAUCUUAAAUAAGAACAGUUCCGAUGUGAAGAAGUGCACCAUUUUUGUCGGUCUCUUCCCAUGCAAUGAGUGCUCAAAACUCAUCAUUCAAUCCGGUAUUAAACGAGUGGUCUAUAUGUCCGACAAAUACAAAGACAAACCAGAAUUCAUUGCAUCCAAACGUUUGCUUCAAAUGGCAAACAUUGAGACCAAACAGUUUACCACAACUCGGGAUCACAUUGUCAUCCGUUUCGAUCAACUCAAUCAUUAA